UCGCCCCUGCUAAUAUUAAUUAGAUUAAAAUUAUAAAAAGGAUAAAAUAGUGAUUGUUUAAUGCUGUAAUUGUGUCUUAAUCUUACCUAUUCUCGCUGUUUAGUGUUAUACAACUUUUAGCAACAAUAAAACACACUUGUUUUGGCCGUAAACUUUACUUGCACACAUCAUGGAUCUGAAACUUAUAAAUAGUCUAGAAAGCCUCGAGAAGCUUUUCCAAACACGUAUGAACGACUAUGACCUGAAGCUGCAGAAGGCAUCUACCGGAGCUGUUCCAGCACAUGUCGAUAUUUCAACUUUAUCGCGUGAGUUUAAUGAUUUUAAAGCUUUUGUGUGGCAAACACUUUCUCAGAUGAAGACCCAGAUUGAGCUUCUCAGCCUCGGGUUGGAUAGGCAUGAGACCAUGAUGAGAAGAAAAGUUCUACUUCUACAUGGUAUUCCUGAAAAUAAAAAUGAAAAAUUGCACAAAUCUAUUGUUGAAGUUUUCACUAGAAACAUGAAACUCCCUGAAAUUUGCAUAGAACAUAUCAACAAUUGUCAUCGGCUCGGCAAUUCUCAGGGCAAAGUCAGACCUGUCCUAGUGCGUUUCUGCAGCAUGGAGCAUCGCAAUGUUGUAUGGGAUAAUAAAACCAAUCUGAAAGGCUCUGGAAUCACUGUCUCUGAAUUUCUCACCAAAACGAGACACAAGAUCUUCACUGCUGCCCGACAACAUUUUAGCGUCGGUAACUGCUGGUCAGUGGAAGGAAAAAUUGUCAUUCUAACACCUGACAAAACUCGUCAUAAAAUUGAGUGUAAGUCUGAACUGGACGCCUUAACAUCCCGAUACCCUGCUGCUGCGGCCAUCCAUAAUUCUCCACGGACCAAUGAUGACCGCGAGACUGCCAAAUCUCAGCCAAAAGUGACCAAAUCAAGUCGGCGCCGCGUUUAGGCACCUAUAUCGGCGCUUUUUAAAAUGCUUUGCUGGACUUCCACACAGCACAUCUUAAAAUAAAUUAAUAUGUAGUGUGCAAUGGUAGUUUGAAACACUAUGGAGGUAUCUACUUUAUUACGUACAAAGUUUUAUUAAAAAUAAAAAUAAGAAU